AUGGACAGUGCUGAGCCUCUUUUCUUAUAUAACCACAAUAGUCCGAAAGUAGAAAGGACGAUUCUGGAGUCAAUCACCGAGGAUGAGCAGCAAUCACUCGCACAAGCUCAAACUGAUUACUGGCAACAAGAAAACUACUACGGUGAAGAUUAUCAACGCCAAGCCUACGGAGCUUAUUACGAUGAUCAAGGGUACGAAAACUGGGGACAUGAUGGGAUCGUUGAUCUAACUGGCAGAAACGAUCCUCCACUCGUGAAUAGAGAAGCUCAGUACCAAGAGUACCAAGAAAAUUUCGCGCAGCAGCAACAAGCGUACGAGCAGCAUCAAUAUAGUAACUACCAAAAUUUUGAUCAUGGAAUCGACGUCGGCCUCCCGCAGGUUCAUUCGAUGGGAGGUGGUUCUUUCCAUGGAUGGGAAGAGGAAGCAUAUCAUCAGCCAAUGGAUCCCUACGCAACAACGACCCAAACGAUUGUCUUUCCUCAUCCCCAUGAAGACUCGAGCACGCCUCCAGAAAGCCCAUCCCCUCCGAUUCGCGAAGAAGGAUGGAUGAGAGAGUUCCAUCAAAACUUCCCAUCGGGUCAACAUCACAGGUACCCUUACGAUAAGAGCUACAUGGAUGAAAAUGACAGCGAUGGAUCAUACAAUGGAGCAUCAACCUACUCAACGGAGAAUCCUUACAAGAAGUGGGAGGAAUUCUGCACAAUCUAUGCCAACCCGGGCUCUACUCAAAUUCAGCUUUGGCAGUUUUUGCUUGAACUGCUAAAGACACCGAAGCAUCAGCAUUGCAUCACAUGGGAAGGUGGAGAAGGUGAAUUUCGCAUGAUCGACCCGGACGAAGUUGCAAGACUUUGGGGCGAUCGGAAAGGAAAGCCAAACAUGAACUAUGGAAAGCUCUCCCGAGCUCUCAGAUAUUACUACGAAAAAGGACGAAUGACAAAGCUCCAUGGCAAACGAUACGCGUACAAAUUCAAUAUCGAAGUCAUCAAACGCGCGGAAAUAGAUGGCGCUCAAUAA